CACCCUCAUCCCCCUCAGCGGUCGCGCCCGGGCCGCGGCGAUGGAGCGGCUGCGGGGCCGGGGCUGCCCGGGAUCCUCCGGGAGGCUUCAGCUCCUUGGGUUUAGUCCUAAACGUUCUUGUGCCUGAGCCCCAACCCCGUCCCCCCUCCCUCCUUUUUUUUUUUUCCGGCCAAAAACCCCUCGUCCCGAACAAUUGUUAAAAACAGCCCUGCAGCCGUGAGAGUGGGACAUACAGCGAUUUCGGGGAGCACGAGGGUUGUUCUGUGCCUGGAUUUGCGGCGCUCAGAUGCUGCCUUAUUUAAAACUGCUGUUUACGUGUCUGCUUUUUUAAUAAAGGGCGUCUGCAAACAGAAGUGAACUGAUACCUCUGGUACUUUUUAAUUCCAAACAAGAUGAGGAUCCCCUCUUUGCUGAUGGGAUUCCCUCGUUAUUUCUCCAGAAGAACUUACUUCAUGAACUUCGUUUCCAGAGCCGAUUUUCUGUGCAUUGGAUCUCUUGCAUCAGUGCACCACUGUCGUACAGAAUGGAUGUGUUCAUCGAAUGGUUUGAGGAGAGAGCUCUGUCAACAAGCUGAGCAGCAAAUAGAGGGACUUUCUGACAGAGAACAAAGACUCGUAGACAGACUUUACAAUGGACUAAUCCAGGGUCAUAGAGCCUGUUUAGCCGAAGCCAUUACACUUGUAGAAUCAACUCAGAGUAGGAAGAAGAAAGUAGCCCAGGUGCUUCUUCAGAAGGUAUUAUCCUACCACAGGGAACAAGAAAAAUUAAAUCAAGGAAAACCACUUGCCUUUAGAGUGGGGUUGUCUGGUCCUCCUGGUGCUGGGAAAUCGACUUUCAUAGAGUGCUUUGGGAAAAUGCUUACAGAAAGAAAACACAAAGUGUCUGUGCUGGCUGUAGACCCUUCCUCUAGUACAAGUGGUGGUUCUCUGUUGGGUGAUAAAACACGGAUGACUGAGUUGUCAAGAGACAUGAAUGCUUACAUCAGACCAUCUCCAACCAGUGGGACACUGGGAGGUGUAACAAGGACCACAAAUGAAGCCAUUCUGCUGUGUGAAGGAGGAGGCUACGAUGUUGUUCUUGUGGAAACUGUAGGUGUGGGACAGUCAGAAUUUGCUGUGGCUGAUAUGGUUGAUAUGUUUAUAUUACUGCUACCACCUGCAGGUGGAGAUGAAUUACAGGGUAUCAAGCGAGGUAUAAUUGAGAUGGCAGAUCUGGUUGCUAUAAAUAAAGCUGAUGGUGAUUUAGUUGUGGCUGCACGGAGAAUACAGGCUGAGUACAUCAGUGCUAUGAAGCUGCUUCGCAAGCGUUCGAAGGUUUGGAGACCAAAGGUAAUGCGCAUCUCUGCCAAAACUGGAGAAGGUAUCUCGGACAUGUGGGAUAAAAUGACCGAGUUCCGUGACCUCAUGCUCACGAGCGGUGAGUUGAUUGCCAAACGACGGAAACAGCAGAAAGUGUGGAUGUGGAAUCUCAUCCAGGAAAACAUGUUGGAACAUUUCCGGAGUCACUUGGCGGUCAAGGAUAAGAUUCCACUUCUAGAAGAAAAGGUUCUUAGUGGAGUCUUGUCUCCUGGACUGGCAGCUGACCUGCUACUGAAAGCAUUCAAAGAUAGUCUCUAAGCAUUAUUUUCUUACUCUGUUCCUGAUAAGUGCUUUAUGUAAACAUGAACAUUAAAUACGCUUUUUCUAUGUGUGGAUUCAAAUGUUUUACUACAGCAGACAUUAAUGGAAUACCUAGCCACUACUCUGCAAAAGAAUACCACUGGAUUCUGUAUAUGGGAUGAUCAUGACAAAUCCCAACACUCACUCAGAGAUUACUACAGACUGUAUUGGAAAAAAAGCACAAGCCCAGAUCUUCUAUUUGUAUACACCAUCGAUCUGUUGAUAGGAAAUGGAUGCCCAUGUGAAAAUGUGACUGGUUUUGGGAGGGUGUGAGAGUAUUCUGGUUAUGGGGUCAUCUUAGGAACAGUUGACACUGCAGCUUUCCAAUGUAUUUUUUCUAAUAUAGCAUCAGCUGUUGCCAGAAUGGAUUGCAUUUUUUAAUUUCCUCACCUUGAGUGACAGCAAGAACAUUGGACUGCCUGACAGCACUUGACCACAGUCUUAGUUUUAAAUAAAUUGUGUGCAUAUAAAUGGAACAUAGUGGUGUUUAGUCCCUGUUGGAAGCUAUAGUUAGUUAUUAUACACUGUACACAAGGAGAAGGGAAUUUUAACCAUCCCAAAAUAGAUAUUUUAAUGCAAAAGCAAAAUUUAGUUAGACAGACUUUUUUUAAAUGCAGACAUCAGAUGGAACAAAUGUUACCCAUGAUGUUUUAAUAGCAUAUGUCUUUAUACUAGAAUAAUAGAUCUCUAGAAAUAAUGGUUUGAGGUUUUUUGAUCUGAUUUACGUUUUCUGGAUUUAGACAAAAUGGCCAGCUGUGUUUUUGGUAUUUUUUUCCUCUCUCGCAGAAGACAUGACUGCUUACAACCAAAAACACUUUUAUUUUUCAUUUUUCUUUGAGAAAAAUCUGGAGGAAGCAUUUCCCUAAGCCGUGAUCUAGAAAGCAGAGCUCAUCUGGCACCUACUAAAUGUGAAGGAUGAAGUGGAAAAGUGCUGAGUUUUGGAGACCUGACUGAAAAAACAGUAAAAUAUGAGAGUGUGUGAGUCUAUUGUUGCUUAGGUGAAUUAACUUUUUAAAACAUACAUUGAAAGUGGUGAUUUUCAUAGUUUUUAUUUUCUUAACUUGUACGUAAAAGGUAUGAUGUCUUUAGCUCACUUUCACCUGUUUGCCUUGUAGCAACCCAAUUCCAGCAUAGCAGUGAAUUGGUUUACUUAGGUCCUCUUUUUUCCUUAAUAUUUUUUCCCCCCAAAGUAUUUUUUUCUCUUCUUUCCCCUUAUCCCAGCUUUUAUACUGUGCUCCCAACUGAGUUUACUUUUUCCUGCUAGGCCUCUGGGCUUCAGAAUUUUGAUUCCUUCAUAGGCAUAAUUUGGCAGUUGUCAGAAAAGAUGAAUGAUUUCUGAAAAUGCUGAGGAUUUUGUUUCAUUUGGUUUUCAAAGUGGCACAAAUUACACAAUGCAGAAGAAACCUCUAUCCUUGAUGCUAGUAUUCCAGUUAUUUUUACCAUUUUAUGAUGGUGUCUAUAUAAUAGUCCAUAUAUUUUUAUUCUAAAUAUACAAGGUAUGACUAGAAAGUAAAAAGCAAACUGCAAGGCAAAUUAAAAGUACUCAUUAAAAGCCUAAAAGUAAUGAUUCCCAUGUAUGUUUACAGUGAAAUACUAAUGAAGGGCACUGUGGUGUUUUGUGGGGCAUACAGCUCAGGCAUUUCUUGGCUAAGAAGUCUUGCACUGGUGUAGCUGGUAUUAGUGGUUUCCACCACAUAAAUUGUCAGAACUUCAGAGCCCUGACCCCUUAUUCUUAUUUCUCAAUCCGUAAUUUGGCGUUCUGGAGUUGGUUACAUAGAAGCAGCUGAGGGAAUGGAAUAGAGGGAGUGGCAGAAGCACAGGCAGAAGCACAUUAUGACCAUGCUGAGUUGUGAAAGAAAUGUAGUGCUUAUAGUUUCUUUUUCAUUUAAACAGCCUCUAUUGAAUAUGACAGAGAGUGCCCCAAACCAAAAGUAAUGUCUCCUGUCCUUUCAGCUUUAGAUAUUGACUGUAUUUUAUGGUACCUAGUAGAAGAAAUGACAGUCAGGUGGAAAAUGAAUUAAUGAGAGCAGCAGCAGCAUUUUAACUGGUGAGUUCACAACUUUUAGAUAGUCCAUUUGUUUCAGGUGGCAGUUUUUGAGGUGACCUCAUUUGUGUUUGUCUGUUAGAUCAAACCCUUAUUAUUGUCAUUACUGCUGCUUCUGUCAGGGACUGCUGUUUUCCUUGUCUGUUAUACAUGAGCUGCCAAGCAAGUAAAAUAGAACCUGCAGCUUUGUUUAAAUGACAGCUGCUUAAGCAGAAAAUGUUUUGCCACUUCUUCAGUAUUUGUUUUCUGGUUGCAGGUCUGUUGAUGCACUCAAGCCAUGGGCCAUCAUUAUUUUCUCGUUUUGUUGCUUCCUUUAAAAUAUCUCUAAUUUACUAACGAACUCUUAGCAGAAGACAGUUCAAUGGCUUAAGCAGGUUCUUUCAAAUGCAUUUUCCUCUUAAAGCAGAACAUUAAAUGAAAAUCAGAUUUGCCUUCUUUAUGCUUGUGCCUCGUGCCUCAGUAGACACAGAAAUACCCUGAUACAGCUUGUAAAAUUUUGCUGUGCCAUGUUUUGGAGUCAACAGCUGUUCAAUUAAUUGUGCACUUCUGUUCAUGCCCUCACAGGCUGGGGAAAUGCAUUGUCUUCAGAAGGGCUGCACAGCUUUAGCUGGUAGGCUACAACUCAGUAAACAAUUUGGUAUUUCCCAAGAUAGGGAAGAGCAUUUCCAGCUCAUUAUUUUUAGCUCUGUGGGAUUAAGUUGGCUAAAAUGCAUUAAAAUAUUGUCAUUCGAGUAAACAGGCUUCUUAAAACGAUAGUAAACAAAUCUGUUGAGUAGGAUGUUGACAUAUUCCUAGUUUGUAGAGUUGUUAAGUUGCUCUCAUGUUAACAUUUAAAACCACAGCUACUGCAGAAUAGUAUGGGAAAAUAAUAUAACUUUAUGAGAAAACAAUAGCAAGAUUAAGUUUGUAGCUGAAAGUAUGAUAAACUGUUAGACAAAUUGGGACAAUUUUUGUUAGACAAAUGGGAGGUAAGGAAUAAACUGUUCAAAUACAUGAACUCAUCUCCUAUGGAGUCUUACACUUUUCUGUAAGAGUGAAACUUUUCCUCAGGUCCCUGUGUAAUAGAAUUUGCUCGUGUUUCACAGCUGGAAAAAACAAGUGUGAUGAGAUCAAGUGAUUUACCCAGGACUCUGAAACAGGUCAGUGGGGUAUAAGGGUUACAGUUCAAUAGUCUUUUUACUCUGAGCCCCAUGUAUAUUUACAGCCACGUUACUUAAGGUUGAAAAAAUGCUCUUAGCAAGUUCAUGCUCUUAGUGUGACUUAUUCCCUUCAUAUCUAAUCUCUCUGUUUUCAGCGACAGGACCCAGUGACCCCUUCUUGACUACUGUUCUGUUGUAAUGUCCUGCUUUAAGUAAUAAAAAACUUUUCUUUCAUA